UGCAACCAUUAUCUCGUCGGCCGGCCGUGUCCACUGGCAGAUUACACACCGCUCCGAACUCUCAGUUCCCUCGCGAGCCUUGAACGCGACGCGCGUACAGCCACAACUGUCAAAUUCCCGCGUAAAACUUUUUAAAAAUAAACAAGUGACUGUGGAUUAUUGUAAACUGUGUUUGUGUUGUUUAUACAUUGUCGGAUCAAACAGAGGAGAUAAUGACGUUUGCGGAGUGAUGCAUGGUGGGGAGGAUAACAUGGGACACAGGCUUCUGGCAAGUCAUUGAGUAUUUUCGACACAAAGAACAAAAUGAAGUAAUAAUGGAGUCACCAGUAAGAAUAUCCUUAGGUGCAGCAUUAGUAGCAUACCUGCUACUAUUAAGCAGCACCCCAGCCGGCGGCAGCGCGCUUCCGCUCGACACGACCCCGGCGCCGGCGCCGGCGCAGGCGCAGGCGCAGGCGCAGGCGCCCGCCCGCGGCGAGCGGUCCCGGCCCGCCGCCGCCUGGCCGCGCGCCCGCCCCCGCACCCUCGACCCCGUCCUCAACGAACUACCCAAGGGCUCCGUCUCCGAGGAACACACCGAGAAAAACGCCAAGUACAAACACAGGGGAAGGGCUCGAUACUACUCGCGAUCCACCACACCCAGCCCCCCGAGGAGGGUCAGAACCUCAACAACGGACACCGUCCCCGGAGUGAUCAUAGUGACCCCCACGGCGGAAGUGAAGAAGCCAGGGCAGAUUAUGGACAGCAUGAGAAACUACAAGAGAACAAAAAUGCCAGUAAGCACAAGCACCACCACAGAAGACAGUAAAAGCGAGGAAGACGAUGAUGACGACUCUUUCGAGAAAUUCACUAGCAAAUUUGAUGACAACAAUUUUUUCCAUAUACCCGGUUUCGAUGAUGACCAUGGAAAAGAUUCUAAAAUUAGUCCUAGUGAUAAGUACGCUGAUUAUUCAAGUACGGUACUUAGCUCUUUUUCAAGUUUCUUACCCAAAGAUGAUGAUGAUUCGCCCUAUAAAUCGAAUUUCUUCGAUUUUGAUACUGAUUUAACGACGCCUAAAAAUGACUUCUUCGAUAGGAAGUAUCAAGAAGUAUCGUCAAGUAUUAUUAAAAACUUGGAAGCUAUUAAAGCCAGAUCACCACCACCGAACAUUACAAGUGUACGUAUAAGUGAAAAAGUAGGUUUAAGUCCAAAUAUUACUAAGCCAGGCAACAGGUCCACCAUAAUUAUCAAGAAUACCAAAGAAACCCGCCUUAUUGAUAAUGAUGGUGCAGGAACUAACAACAAAGAACUUUCUGAUGUGCACGGCACGAGUGUUUAUUAUGAAAUGUCUGUACUUUCCACCGAAACAUACGCAAUAAACAAUUCUAAUGAAGAUGAUUGUGACAAUGACACUUUACCUUCGGAACCUACAGUUCAAACCCCUGCUGAAGAUGAGUUGGCCUCGAUACAAGGAACCCCAUCAAAUAUUUUCCCUGUUUCCACAAAACCGCUUUUCCCUGAUCCUGAAUUGGGGCCCACCGUGUCCUCUAACUUUUUAUCAUCUUCUAGUUCAUUAGCACCUUUCUUUAAUCCGUCAAGCUCAAUACCCUAUUCCACAAUUAACUCUAUUUCAUCUACUGAGAAGACAACGAGGCCGUUCUCUAACAGUUUCCCCAGCAGAAAUAGAGGAUAUUCUAAGAGACUAACUGGAUUUACUGGAGCUAAGGAUUCUCCUAACAACGUCACACCGACAGCCGAAAAUGUACAGACCCAUUAUGUCAGGAACACUACAAGAAAAUUCCACUACACAACUCCAAAAGCAAAACCAACGUGGAUGGCUCCAAGACGAAAUGUUACCAAAAGUUAUACAAAACCUACGUAUCCUACUACAAUAUACGCGGAGCAUUUUAGUAUUAAAGAUAGAACGACCUCAACCGUCCGUCCAAAGCAGUCGAAUAGAACCGUUCUUACGACUGUGUCAUCGGACAUAGAUCCAAUUUUGCAAAGCGAUGUGGGCGGAGUGAAGAAGUUGGUGCAGUCUCAGACUAUUUCUGAUAACAGUAUUCCUUCGUUAUCGAAGAGGGGGUCGAUGAAGUUCGGAACUACGACCGCCACGUCCGUGGAGGACGAGACGACAACCACGAGCGAGCUGGAGAUCCCACCGACACUGACAGCGUGGGCGCUUGCCAGCUUAAGAAGCCCGCCAGGAGCGACAAAUGUAACGAGCUCGACGCAAAAGAGCGUCGAAGAAAACGAAGUGCAAAAAGUCAAUGAGAUUGGAGACAAAAACGUAAUUACUACGAGUUCGACCACUACAACUCAAACUCCUGAGACAAACAACUUAGUUACUAGAAAGGUUGCAGAUAUUGACCAAAACAAAGUACCUUGGCGACCAGUACUUCCUCACGCGUCUCCUGACCCUGAUAUGAAUACGGAAGUUAUGCCAAUAGAGAACAAAUCGGAACGCCAACCCGCUGAGAGUAAUAUAUCUGUGCAGAACAGCCCUCAGCCUCUCACGUCCACUGAGGGAGUAAAAACCGAGAUAGAAGUUGCAGAGGAUAACAACAAAACAAAAGAAACAGUUACUUCUUGGGUACCAGUCACUAAGAAUGAAGUAAACUCAGCUGGAACUUUUGCUUCAAUUACUAAAUUACCAAAGGGAGUAACAACGCCUCUCGACGAGACUAGUUUAAAUCCUAAGCAAAACAAUGAAAUAAUUACUGAGACGGUAACUGAAGAACCGACCACCACCGACUAUGAAAUUACGACAAGAAGAUUCUCCUACGUUCCCACAGAAGCUGUGACUGACAAAGUAGAUGAAUCCACACCAAGUGAGUGGCACCCAGUGGCUCCGACUAGAACUAAAGCAACUACAAUAAAAGACAGUCCUAUUACUACAUACAGGCCUAGGUAUUAUACUACUACUGACAAUGAUGAAGAGUUCACUACGAACACCCCGGAAACUACACCAUCAAUUGAGGUAUCGUCAUUAUCAAUGGCUAAUGUUACUAAACUCCAAUCAGAAUCACCUGCACCAACAACUGUAGUUGAGGAUGUCACAUCUCAACAGCCAGCAACGCACGCCGCGCUCAAAGAAAAAGAAACGCCUACUGAAACUACAACUGAGAUUGUAGAAGCGACAUCCGCACAAUCUGAAGACACCACCGAAGUAGUGACUGAUAAAUCAGUACACACAGAAAGUUCAGAGGCUGACGUAAGUACUGAAGUCUCCGAAACACCGCCAAGUGUAAUAAAAGAAAAUAUUUCUGAGGAUAGCAGCGGCAGUAACGAGGUUAUAACUAUGGAGACGACCAAAAUGGUUCCACCACCAUCAACCACCACUAGUACUACAACAAAAACCACAACUACAACAACAACGACCACUACCACAACAACUACAACUCCGGCUCCGACUACAGAGGAAAAGAAAGAAACAACAACAGAAGAAGAAACAACGACACCGCAGAUUUCGACGGUGCCUGUACAGAAAAUAGCAGAGACAGAGAUAGAUGUAGAAACGACGACAGAGCUGGGGACAAAGCCGAUAGGAGAGUUAGAAGAUGUGUCGAGUUACGGGGAUGUGACGACGGAGCGACUCACGCCGAUGGACGAGGCGGGCUCGGGUGCCGCGGUAGCCAUUGCCGUCAGCACCAUUGGAGUUAUUGCCUUGAUACUGCUUAUUGGAUUAUUGCUGGUUGUCCGGCGACGCGGACGGCGGGGGGUGUACGCGCAACGCUGUACUCCCGUGUCUUUGGACGCGUACAGCUUAGAUAGCGUCAGCGUUGGACACCGCAAGGGCAACCAGAGGCUACGGGCUAGUAAGAGGAGCUAUGGGAACCCGGCUUAUGAUGAUGAGGUGACAUCCCACCCCAUGAACUACGCAGCGUUGGCCAACUUCGCCCUGGACAUGGAGUCCAUGAGCACCGAAUUUGCGGAGAUCCCCUCCGUGACCGUCCGACCUGAUGAGGUCCCUCCAGGAUGUGAAGACAAGAACAGAUACUCGAAUGUUCUGCCACUGCCUGAGACCAGGGUGCCGCUCAAGAGGGUCGGAAAUGAUCCGACGUCGGAGUAUAUUAAUGCUAAUUAUAUAACGGGCCCAGGCAACAUUAAGAACUACUACAUCGCGUGCCAGGCGCCGCUGCCCAACACUGUCGCCGACUUCUGGCGCAUGGUGUGGGAGCAGAAUUCUCGUGUCAUCGUCAUGCUGACGGAGUACAUGGAGAAUGGCGUUGAAAAAUGCUACGAGUACCUUCCCCCGUCAGAAGUGUCAGACAACAAGCGGACCUUUGGAGAAUACCAGAUCCUGCUCAAGAAACGCGAGCAGCGGGACAAAUACGCCGUCUCCAGCGUCCAGCUGAUCAAUUUAACGACGAGGACAUGGCGGGAAGUCACGCACCUCUGGUACUUCUGGCCGGCGAAGGGAGUCCCUGAUGAUUACGACUCAGUGCUUGACUUCCUGUCGGAAAUGAGGAGUUACAUGAAAGUGUCACAGUCAGCCAAAGAGUAUGAUGAAGAAGGUGUAGAAGUAAUUUACGGCGACGGCAGCCGAUCCUCCUACGGCAAUCUGUCCAAACUGAGAGAAGAGGGCAGCCCUGGUAAUGGCGUGAACGUGUACUCGCCAGCAAAGGCUGAGGAGAUGAUGCGACGAGGACAUGCAACCAACGGCACGCUGAGUAGAAUGAAGGCCGCGUCUGAGGUGGAAGGAGUCCGACCAUGCACGGUGGUGUGCGCAAGCGGCGCAGGGCGCUCGUGCGCGCUGAUCGCGCUGGACAUCUGCGCACGCGCGCUCGCCGCGCACGCGGCCGACGUGCCGCGCGUCGUGCGCGAGCUGCGCGCGCAGCGCCCGCACUCGCUCUCCAAUAGGCACCACUACAUCUUCCUGUACAAGGUGCUAAGCGAGUACGGAAACAAACUGAACGGCGGGGGUGUCGACACCAUAUAAUCCCGCUACCACUGAUUUUUCUCCAUGACAUUCGAUACCUAUUAAUUAGAUAAGUAGCGAUUUAUGCCAAUAACCUAGUACGGAAGAAUAUCUAGAAAAUAAUCUGGUCAAGUACGGUUAUAAGAAAUGAGACAGCUGACGCCGGACCAAUCUUAUUUAAUGAUAAAACUUAUGUCCGAAUUCUGCGUUAAGUACACAAAAAUGCAAUAAGUAUUUAAAAAGAUUUUUAAGAUCUUUGUAAGUUUUAAGCUGAAAUAGAUAUAUCAUUACUAAAUAAAAGGGACCAAGUUCGCGGCUGGUCGAGGCGGGAAAAAACCCCACGUUUUUAGCUCAAGUGGCUAAAGGCCACCCGGUCACAAAAAUGAAAUUUGCUUCCUAUGUAAACUAUUCAAGGGUACAUGCUAGGGUAUUGGCAUAAAUCAAAAGUUAGAAAACUAUUGGGAAUAUACCAAAGUGUAAGUUACGAGAUCUCUAUAAAAGUUGAUCGCUCAAAUAUACUGAUGUUUACCUUUUCAUGUUUAUAUACCAGGAUUUUAGAUCAUUCUAUAGGUAUGGUUAUUAUAUUUGUUAUAUUUUUUGAUUGGUAGGGUGUAAAUAGAAACAUUUUGAUAAGCGUCAGUAAUAUGUGACCAGGUAAACUGGAUAAAUUAAAUUAUUAACAGGUAGUUAUAGUAGUAGGUACUGCUACCUACUACUAUAACUACCUGAGGAUUUUUGGUGCUGUUGGUGAAAAUAGGCCGACAACGACAAUGCACCUGCUAACUAUACGAUACUUACUACUUGUAAUAAUAUAAUAUUACUUAAGUAUAAUAUUAUAUCCCUAAAUGCCUAUUAUGAGCUGAUUGUAUCGACACUUAUUUUAUUUUAUUAUCAUUCGAACAAUUUACUUUUACCUACUUAGAAGUUCAUUCCACUAGUCUAAUUUAUUUUUAAGUACAUAUUUGCCAAAAAUGUCAAGUAUUUUUUUUUUCAAAACGCAUAAUAAAAUCACAAUAAUUAUGAACGUCAUAAUAAUUAGCAAUGCGUAGUGAUUUUUGAAAUCUGCUGUGAUUUCUGUUAUUUCUAAGAUACUCUUUGCUUUGUUAAAAAUCUAGCUUUACAGUAUUCCUGUAAUAAAUAUACCUACUUUGUAAGUUAAGCGCCUUGAUUUGAAGUAUUUGUUUUAAGUAAGAAUGUCCUGUUCCUGUGACGCAAUGAAUACUCUAAGAUAUAUUGAAAUCCAUGAAAAUAAUUGGGAUGUUUUCAAAAACAUACGUAUUUUAGUGUAUGAACAUAUUAAAUCUCAGUGCGGUUAUCUUUUGUGUAUAUUUUUCCACUACUUCUUUGAUUUGAUGCGUAAUUGUUAAAAUUUGUUGUUAAUUUGAUAAUUUUAAGUUUGUUAUAAAUCGCAGCUGAAUGAAAUAUCCAUGAAAUUUAUUUAUGGUAUCAAGGCAUUUAUUUUAUUUUAAUAUAUGUAUAAUAUGUGUAAGCACAUGUUUGUCCGACACACGUAGAUUAUAAGUUAUAUUAUAUAAUAUGUAUAGUAUUCAGAAUAAGCUUUAUAAAUUAUAAUAAUGACCAAAAAUAUAAAAAAUAUCAUUGACUAAGGACAGUUGUCCUUUAAUGUAAACUUCAUUAGUUGUAACAGCUGUUUUAUAAAGAACGUAAAUAAUAAAAUUAUAAAG